UUAAAGUUUCACCGUCGAUGUUUCUCUUCUAGCAUUAGUUACCUCCUCAGCUCAAUUCUCUGCUGUUCUUCUCGUUCCAGCUUCCGUUUAGGUUCGCAAUCUCGCUUUUUAAGCUCACUUUGAAGAAGUUUUGAAAUGUUUGGCUGGCAAUGGUGGGAACUUUGGCUCUAGUGCACUGUUUGUGGGAGAGAUGAACCAUGGACAACAAUCUUGCGAGGCAAAGCAUGAAUAUGAUGCUGCUCUUACAGAGUUACUUGAGUCUCUGAUCUGAUGGACUAUAAUCCUACUGCAAACUUCCCUUUUCACUGUUUAGAACACUUGACCGGUUCUUCAAUGAUUGAAAGCUCUGGACUUGUUAUGUUAUCUUAGAUUCCUGAUGAUCUAGUGGAUCACUACUUGGCUAAGAAUGGGUUUCAGUGCCCUGACGAAGGACUUGUAGAAGAAUAAGGCUAGUUGCUGUGGCUACGCAGAAGUUUGUUGCAGAUGUUGCCAGCGAAAGAAAAGCAACCAACAGAGGCACUGCAAAGGCUAAACAAGAAGCAGCAAAAGGAUAAGCGUUUAAUAUUUUGACAGUGGAAGACAUUUCAAAAGAUUUGCGUGAGUAUGGUGUGAUCGUGAAGCAUCCAGCAUAAUAUGCUGAUAGCCCUUUGACCGGAAUGGAUCCUGCGACAAGGGAGGAAUAGAAACCAGCAAGUCUUGACGACCUUUGCCUAGUAAGGAUGAUCAUGUGUUUCAGUUAAAAGCAAAACUCAAUUUCUCUUCCUAGUUGUCUAUUACAAGUAGAUCCUUUUGUUGUCUGUAUCUUGACUUGUGUCCCUCUGAUAAUAAGAUUUCGAUUUCUCAGUUCAUUAAGGGAAGGUUCUUUUAAUGGCACAAUACCACAGGAUAUUAAGUAGUGUUUGGUCUUAACCCAAAAAGAUACAGAGAAACCAACAAAGUUCUACAGCUUUUUUUACUAUUCAUGCACGUUGGCUCUAUUUCCUUUGAUUAAAGACAAAACUCUGAAACACUUACUUUUUCUAUAAAGUAAAAAAAAGAGUUCUAUUCACACAUUGAAGUUUGAACCAAGAUAACAAAACAUGAUUUUUUUCUUUAAUAAAGAGGAACAACAACAACGUUUCUUUUUUCUUUCUUCUCAUGAAUUGUUUGAAUUCAAUGGCGAAUCCACCACUUGAGUCUCCGACCAAUCCACAUUUCUUCCAGCCACUUCUUCCCGGUUUCGACACUCACCUCACAAUACCAGUUGCCUUCUUCUCAAAGCACAUAGAAGGAAAAAACGAGCAGAGAAAAGCUAAACUGAGAUCACACGCUUCAGAUAAAACUUGGAAAGUGACAAUAGAUGGUCGGAGAUUCACCAGAGGCUGGAAAGACUUUGCCACAGCACAUGACCUUCGAAUCGGCGACGUCAUUAUUUUCAGACACGAAGGAGAUAUGGUGUUUAACGUCACUCCUUUCGGUCCUAGCUGUUGUGAGAUUCACUAUGAACAAUCUCACCUCAUCAAGGAAGAAGAGUUUGACAACAAUGAUGAUGACAAUGAGAAUCAUUGUAGAACAAAGUCCUCUUUCUCAUUUGAUUACUGUUUUGUAGCACAAGUCACUGCUUCAAAUCUAAGACUAGACACACUUGACCUUCCUAUGGAAGCUGAGAGUUCGAAUGCUCUGAACAAAAGAUGCCACGAGAUGAUAGUAGUGAACAAAGAGGGAAACUCGUGGACUGUGAGUUUGAGAUUUAGGGAAUCAAGCGGAAGUUAUUACAUCAGAGGAGGCUGGAGAAGAUUCUGCCGUGAUAACAGACGAAAAAUAGGAGAUUUAAUGGUGUUUAAUCUGGUGGGAGACGGCAAGACUUCUCCCAUGAUAUGUAUAUGUCCUGAAGAAGAGUGUUCAGAACUAGUGAGGAAGGCAAAGAGGCGUUCUAAAUGGGUAGCUUCAUCAUCUUCAAGGAGAAACCGUUUUGUCACAAUCUCUCUCACACGUUACAACUUCAGAAGCUCCAAACUUAUUCUUCCAGCAACUUUCAUGAAGAUCAACGGUAUCAAGAGGCAGAAUGAGAUAAUCCUUAUGGACAAACAUGGUGUGAGGUGGGUAACGAAGCUGGUGAAGGAUGGAUCAAAAUAUGGAAAAAGAGGAUUAGGAAAAGGAUGGAAAGAUUUCUGUGAGGCUAAUGAUGUAUUGAAGAUUGGCCAGCCUUUUCUGUUGGAGUUGGUUUGGGAAGACACACUUCCUGUUCUUAAGUUUUGUUCUUAGGUCAAAGUUGAAACAAUCUGUGACUGAAGAACAGAGUAAUUUAUUUACUCUCUAAAUUAGAUAACAGUUGCCAUUAA